AAACUUUGAGUACUGAGCCAGGAAGGCUAGACUGUAAGGUAGAGAACACACGGAAGUGGACUUACUUUCUAAGCCCUCCAAAAAAAAAAAAAAAAAAAAAAAAAAGAGAAAGAAAGGCAUGUGAAACUUCGAACCAGCCUUCAGAGGAAGAGCGUUUGAUUAGAUUGCAGGAUUGAGCAGCAUAAGAUGCAGUGAGAGAGAGAAAGGGGGCAGAAGAAGAAGAAGAAGAAGAAGAAGAAGAGGAGGAGUAGGAGGAGGAUGAGGAGGAUGGAGAGAUCAGAAGCGGGUGGGAUGCUCCUGCGUAACGCGAGCGCUGUCCGUCCUUGAGCGCGCAUGCAGGACGGAAACUAACCCGAAACACUACAGCUGAACAAUAUUUAACACACACACACACGCACACGCACACAUAUACACAUAUAUUACAUGGAAGAGGAUUUGUGCUGCAGAUUUGCGCAGAGAAUUGCACAGCGUCGUGUUGAAGUGCUCCUGGGAAAGGAUUACGCAUUAUCUGAAGUUCAUCCCGAUGGAAGAAAAGGAGAUGUCUUGGUUUCAGUAUGAGCUGAAAUCGUGGUACAGAGCACGCAUGUCCGGACAGAUCUUCUUACAAGAAAGAAAAUGGAAAUGAAGCAGAUCAAGCGCUGCUCGGAAAUCUGACAGACAUCAACAUCGGAAAUUUUACAGUGUGUGCAUCAAAAACCAUAUGGACUGUGAAGAUGAUUCCUGAUUCCUGGCAAUAUUCCCAUUAGUAGGCUACAGCAAACCUUUCAAAGUAAAUGGACCUGCCUCACAUCCAGUUUCCAUCAAUGGGACACCUUGUUCAGAGACGAGAAAAUUGAUGAGAGAUGAGAUCCUGAGUUAGGAAAGCACGGAACAUUUUUUAAUGACAUUAAAUAUUUCAUAUUUAUUCUGGCCUCUGAAUAAAGCAUGAAUAAAGAAAACCAUAUGGACUUUAAACAGGUGAAGAGAUGUCUUCACCAGCUGUCGGAUUUCUGAGGCAAAUUUUGAGGUUUAUAAAUUCAGAAGUAAACUUUUUAGAAGUGACUUUUAGACCCUGAACCAGAAGGGAGUCCACACCCAUUCCCUCCCCACCCAGGUUUCUUAAAUGAUAGACCUUGCUUAGAAAGGAGAAAAUUGAAUACGCAGUGGAUGAUUGACUGGCUAAUGAACUAUGAAAGCGUCCUGGUGUCGAUGCUGACAGGCUCCACCCCUUUCACCCGCUCGCCCCGCCCCGAAAUCCCGGUCCUGGUUCAUCCUAGCACGGCACAUCAUGCUCCUCCCGGUCUGCCUGUUCUUGCACUGUGUGCUCAUCACUCUGGGCCAGUAUGACAUCUGUAAGUCGCUGGUGAGCACGGAUGAUGGGCCCACGUGGGAGCAUUAUGCGUGUCAGCCCCGACCUGCUGCCAUGAAGGACUUCAUGCAGAUCCGAGUAGAGCCGCCAGACAUCACGUGCGGAGACCCACCUGAGCGCUUCUGCACCCUGGAAAAUCCGUACCUGUGUAGCGAUGAAUGUGACGCAUCCACUCCGGACCUGGCCCACCCGCCACAGCUGAUGCAGGACCGUGAGCGCACUGGCCUCAUCACCUACUGGCAAACAGUCACAUGGAGCCGCUUCCCAGAGCCGCUGCUGGCCAACAUCACGCUGUCAUGGAACAAGAGCCUGGAGGUGACGGACGACAUCGAGAUCACCUUCGAGUAUGGCCGACCCACCAUCAUGGUGCUAGAGAAGUCGAUGGACAAAGGGCGAACCUGGCAGCCAUACCAGUUCUACGCUGACGACUGCAUGGAAGCGUUUGGUAUGCCACCCAAGAGGGUGGAGACUCUUUCAGCAACCAACGUGACUCGGGUCAUCUGCACUGAACAGUACUCACGCUGGGUGGGCUCCAAGAAUGAGAAGAUUGUGCGCUUUGAGGUUCGGGACCGCUUUGCCAUUUUUGCAGGGCCCAGGUUGCUCAACAUGGACAGUUUGUACACACGUAUGGAGAGCUUGAAAGGUUUGAGAGAUUUCUUCACGUUCACUGACUUGAAGCUACGGCUGCUGAGACCUGCGCUUGGAGGAACGUACGUGCAGAGGGACAACCUGCUCAAGUACUUCUACGCCAUCUCUAAUAUUGAGGUCCUUGCCAGGUGUAAGUGUAACCUUCACGCAGGACAGUGCACGUUCCGCGACGGCAGCCUCCAGUGUGACUGCGAGCACAACACCACGGGGCAGGACUGCGCUCGCUGCGAACGAGGCUUCAAGGCAAAGUCGUGGAAGCCUGGCUCGUACCUGCCCACUCCCAAUGGAUCACCCAACACCUGUGAGGCGGCAGGUACUCUCGGCAACUGUGAGUGCUACGGUCACUCAAACCGCUGCAGCUAUAUUGACUUUAUCAACAUUGUAACUUGUGUAAGCUGCAAACACAACACUAGAGGGCAGAACUGCCAGCACUGUCGCCUUGGAUACUUCAGGAACGCUUCAGCCGAGCUGGAUGAUGAGAAUGUUUGUAUAGAGUGUAACUGCAAUCAGCUGGGCUCCUUACAUGCUCGCUGCAAUGAAACAGGUUUCUGUCAGUGUCGAGAAGGCACCACAGGCCAGAAGUGUGAAGACUGCCUGCCUGGAUACAACUGGAAACAAGGCUGUGUCCAAAACGUCUGCGAUGACGAGCUUCUGCUCUGUCUGAAUGGUGGGACUUGUUUUCAGAACCAGAAGUGCAUUUGUCCGCCUGACUUCAAGGGUGUCCUGUGUGAGCAGGCGCGCUGCGAUGGUGAGAAAGGCUGCAAUGGCAGUCCUGCCUGCUACCUCAGCCUCCUGACUGUGCUGCUCUGCUUCCUCGUCAACAGCGUGCUCAAAGCCAGUGCCUAGUGCUCUAGUGCUCGCCUCGGUCCUAAACCUCGGCCCUAAGCCUCAGUCCCGCUCUGUCAGCCUGCCUCGGACUGAACCAUGCGGACAGAGGAGGGGUCGCUGCAGCCCCUGCAGCCCUGAGCGGGCCUCACGGUGCUGAGAUCUUCUGGGCCGGAGUAUGUUUUUAGGGCAGUGUGCAGUCCCAGGUUAUAGUCGCCUUCACACAGAUGAGAAGCUGCUUGCUCAUCUCCUUGCAUCCCUGAACGCCUGAGCAGAGAGAAGUAUGAACUAUGAAACAAAACGAAAUAAGAAAGAGAAAAUCACUCUAAAGAAAAGUGUAUAUAUAUAUAUGUAUAUAUAUAUAGAAGAUGCGUAUAGAAUUAUUGUUUUUUUCUUUGUUUGUCACUCUUGUAGUUGUGAGUUGUCACUAAGCUCACUGAGAUUCAGGCACUGCACUUAUCUGGGGUUUCUGAACAGCGGCGUUUAUUAUACAAGCCUUCUCAGGCCAAGGUUAUUUACACUUCUUCUGAAAAUUUCUUUAUAAAAUAUUUUUCGCAUUUCCUUUGGUGUCUGUUUUCAUGCAGUUGACCUGAAUAGACAUGAUGAAAAGGUGUUAAGUGUCUGUGCUGCUAAAGGAGAGAAUAUCGGUGUAGUUUGUGUUCGAGAUUAUGUUUAUGUAUGGAAUCCAGAAGGAGGUAAGUAUUAAUAUAUAUAAUAUGCCCAAAUUUGAAAAUCUUUAUCUAUCUACCUGAAAGAGAAAGUUUAAAUUAUUGUAAAUGAAUUAAAUGUUCAUUUAUUAUUUUUUUGUAGAAAUUAUUUUUGUUCCGAGUAAAUGUUAUAAAGAUAUAACAAAGCCUUUUAUUGCAGUUCAAACUGAAAUAAUCACAUCAGUACAUUUAUUUCAUAUCAUGAUACUUCUGAUGCUUUGGAAUGUUCCUCCACUUAUACCGUUCUAGCAUAUAAAGGAAAAUAAAAGCUAAAUGGAUCAACAAGGUACCCAGCUUUAGCUCCAUUUAAGCCUCACACAUGGAUGCCAGCAUGCAUAGAUCAUGUACACUUGGUCCUGAUAAACUUUCAAGGGCCUCAUUCAGUCCAGCCGUCAUUGUUUGAUUGGUGACAUCACUGCUGUAACCAAAGCUCAAAAGCCAAAAAACAUAACCAACUACAUUAGAUUAUCUGACAAAUUAAUAACAGACAACAGCACAAUGAUAACAUACAGUAAAUGAUGUGCUGUGAGAAAAGCGAUGACACUGUUGGUUGGUCGGUUGAGUAAAGGCCCUCAUUCUGUUGCCAUGUUUUUAACAUGACAUUAUAAACAGGAAGUGUGAUACAGUUUUCAUCCCAGUCAAUGUCGGUCUAGAUCACUGUGGUAACAAAGUGGAUUAGAGUAUUACAAUGUGUUAGUGGCACGUGCACCAAGUUCGGCUGCUGUAAAUGAAGGUAAACAGACGUUGUUGUAUUUUCACACCUUUACAGGCUUUGCUUUUGGGCUUUCCUGAUCAUGAUGGAACAACUAGCUGACUGAAAGUGUACUGUCAGCAUUCCAAAGAAUAAAAUCUUGACAAUCAGAAAGCACACAUCAAGUGGUGAAUGUCCUUUAUUUUAAACCCUGACACAUUACAAACAGAUGAUCCACCUAUAUGUCAUUUAAGUGGCAGUGUGAUGCUUUUUAUGUGUUUAUAGUAACAUUUAAUGUUGUGAAACGUACAUUUCAAGUUAUGUUAUACCAGUCUCUCAUUUUUCUCUCUUUCUUGAAGUUAAUAAUUUUGUUAAAAAAUGUAGUUUGUCAUAUUACAGAGAAACUGCAAGACACAAAUACUUUACUUACUCUCACAAAGCGCUGACACUGG